AUAAGUAGCAACAUUGUAUAAAUAAAAAUAUAAAUAUAUGUGUGAUCCGGUUAGCAGUGAGAAAAGAAUUCCCCAAUGAAUUAAAACCGCGUCGUGAGUAGGGAAGUCCAUUACUGUACAUUACACUCUCUACUUUCCUCCAUGCUCCAUGUCCAUGACCCAUGUGUCUCAUCUUUCGCAUUAAAUACUUCCGAUCUUACUCUCUGCUUUCUCACAUACUACUUACUACUACAAACUAUAAAACCAUUCACUGCCAUUUAUCACUCAUUCCCCACUCCAUCCUCCACCGACUCUCUCUCCCUGCGGGUUAUUAGCCUCAUACUCAUCAAUAGCUAUUACCAUUACUAACACAUUCAUUUGUACCCUUUAGAUCUUAGGAGUGUGGUGUUGUGUUUCAUUUCAUUUUUCAUUUCUCACAUAUGGCUCCACUACUGUACUUCCCUUGCAGGAACUUCUUACUCCUCUCUCUUCUUUUCUUCAUUUUUGUUUCAAUUUCUUCCUCACAAUCUCAACUCAAUCCAAAACACUUGUCAUCAAAUUUUAGAAGAACAAUGUUGGACUCGGAAUCUCAUCAACAACAACAGUUCGAUCAACAACAUCCUUUGAAAAAUAAAUCAACUACCAAAAACCAAACCAAAUUGAUCAAACCAAACAGCAACCUUUCCUCAAAAAACCAAACCAAAACCAUCAAAUCCAACAACAAUUCCUCCAAAAACCAAACAAAACUAUCAAAUUCAAAACUCACCGACACUACUCAACUCAAAAAACUCAAUUCCACAACCUUCAAAACCAAGAAACUAAAUUCCACAUCAAAAUCCUUCACCAAUUCAACAAAAUCAAGUACUAGUAAUUCCAAUUCCAAUUCCAACAAGAAAUCAUUGGAUCUCGUGAAAUCAAGUAACGGUGGAGUGACGAAGAACAAAACGACAAAAUCCACCGCUACAAAAACAGAUCAAGAAGAGUCAAAAAAAGCAAACAAACAAAAACAAACACCACCUAGUAAUUGGUUUUUCGACGAAGAAGACGCUGAUUUCGUUUCAGAGUUCAAAGAUCUACCUAUUAAAUUCCAACAAACACUACUCCCAGACCUAGAAAGAAUCUCAACAACCUCAAAAGCUUACCUCACAAAAGCCAAUAAAGAAAUCACAAACAAUUUCAAACCCUAUGUUGGAAACAAAUACGCACCAACCAUUGCAACUUUACUCUCAUGUGCUUGCGUUUUAAUCCCUUUACUUUUAGCCUCACUCCUUUUCAAUAAAAUCAAAGCUUAUUUCUCACUUCAAAAACUUUUAAUUUUCAUCCAAGCUUAUUUAUCUAUUUAUUUUUUUAUUCUAUGUCUCUCUUCAUUAGUUACUGGUCUUGAACCUCUUAGGUUUUUCUACUCUACUUCGCAGUCCACCUAUGUUUGCCUACAGAUCAUUCAAACUCUCGCUUAUGUUCUCUACCUUCUCUUGCUUCUCAUGUAUCUCGUUUUGGUUUUCUCUACGGAUUGUGGUUUGGGCUCCAAGUUAUUGGGCUUGGCCCAAAUGUUUGUGGGCUUCGCUGUUGGGUUACAUUAUUAUAUGACGGUGUUUCAUAAAGUGGUGUUGCGGCAACCGCCCAAGACUAAUUGGAAAAUUCACGGGAUUUAUGCCACGUGUUUUUUCGUAAUUUGUAUUCUUGCUAGAGCUGAGAGAAGGAAGAAGACUUACUUGGAAGAAGGUGGAGAUGAAGGAAAGAAAAAUUAACUAUACUUAUUAUUAGUUACAUUGUUGUUAUUUUUUUUCUACAUCAUUUUUAAUUAAAAAGCCGGAUACUUCAAAGUAAUAUACAAAUCUUAUUACUGUGAUGUAAUAAUGUAAUGUAAUGCAAUGCCGCAAGGCUUUGGCUUAUUAGUAAGCCAACAUUUUAGAUUCAUUACAUAAAUAAGUUGUGAUCAUGAUUUUAUAAUUGUACAAUACAUCAUUUUAAAAGCCUCAUAUUGUAUCACUAUUCUUAUCUUAAUACUAGUAUUUCUCAAGCAUUACCUUGUUAAGAAA